GAUAGAUAUAAUAUGUAGGAACAUGAUAAUUGAUAUCAUUUCAUAAAGUUUAUUUUCAUUGUCACUUUCAAGUAAACUUUAUUAUUUAUACAGAAUAAAUAAAAACUAUACUUUAAAUGAGAAAUGAUUUGUAAAAAUCCAGGGGGGGGUACACCCCCCCCUAAUUUCACUCAGGGGGGGGUAAUGGACUGCCACCCCCCCCUUGAAACCGCCUAUGCAUAAAAAUGAAUAGAUAAGACCUGUUACAUAAUCCUCCAUGUGUAUUUACACUGCACUGUAUACAAAAUCUAGCCAGAACUGGUGCAUUGCAUUUCUUCGAUCAGCUGCUCAUUCUGCUUGUACAGCCUGCUUAAAGCAGAACCAGGCUGAAAGAAUGGCGGAUGUUGGCGCGGCACGGGGGAAAGAUUAAGUCUGACCGCUGUACCGACUCGACCGGAUAUUUUUUAGGCAACAGGGCGUACCGUCGCGAGCUCGCUAUGAAAGAGUGCUAUGACGACCCGGUUCGACCGAAUGGACCAAUAUCUAGUAAAAUCUCAAUUCUCGGUCUGUGUCUAUCAGGGGGUAGCCGAGGGCUUGAGAACCCUGUACGACAAUCUAGCUGUGUUAGCACGGGACAGAAUUGACUCGGCACGACCUAUUGCACCAUGAAUUAGGAAUGGCGGAAGUGCAUGCAAUUGGUCAACUAGUUUCCGGUUCCGGUUUUCAUGAGAAAGCUCUUUUCUGUAGGUGGGGGAUUCAUACUGGUGGAGCCUGGAAGGUGUUGGCUGGAACAAAAGAGGGUCAGACCCAGGUUGAUGACCCAGAAACUGGAGAUAUUGCAUUCUUUUCUCAUCCGAUAGAUAUUCAUUUUGCAACCAGAGGCCUCCAAGGCUGGCCUAAACUCUGGGUUCAGGUUUACCAUCAAGAUUCAUUUGCUAGGAAUGAACUGGUAGGAUACGGGUUCACCCAUCUCCCCUCCUCUCCUGGUCUACAUAAUCUACAGAUCCUAACCUGGCGUCCUGCAGGAGGAUAUACUGAUACCAUCUCACACCACUUCCUGGGGGGCAGUCAUCAACUCAAGGCUCCAGAGCUAAUCUUUUCAGCAACAGAAAGGCAUAGGCUUACCACUGUUGCAACAGGGAAAAUAUUUGCUCAGCUUCAUAUUGUGCUACGGAACUUUGAAAAGUUUGGUAUAGAGUGCUGAAAACUAAAAACUGUGUCGACAUCAAAGAUAAAAAAGAAAUUCAACAAGAAUUGGAUCUAAUUCAAGGACAGUUUCAUGAUUUCUUUAAGAUCAAAAAGAAAACAUAUUAAAAGAAGCUUUUGAUCAAGACUCAGAGAAAGGAUUAGAUCAAGAAUCAGAUCAAGAAUCAGAUCAAGAAUCAGAUCAAGAAUCAGAUCAAGAAUCAGAUCAAGAAUCAGAUCAAGAAUCAGAUCAAGAAUCAGAUCAA